CCGCAGCGCCCCCUCCGCCCGAGGCUCCGGCUUCCAGCCCGGCCUGCCCGGCUCUCGGGCCAUGGAGCUCCGAGCAGCGGAUCGUGAGCCUCCGGCGCGCCCCAGCCUGUCCGCCUGUGGAGAUUGGGGUUGGCCAGAGGUCUCCUAGAGGUCGCUGAAUCCGGCUUUUUAGGAUGGAUGGGGAGUUUGGAGACUUUGAGGCGUUCGAUGCCCAGGCACCAUCUGCCUUGACCCCGGUGCCCGGCUGCCACCCCUUCCCAGCCUGAGCCUUGGAGACAGCAGCCCCCAGACUGCUGAGGGACAAGGCAGCAUGAAGGCUCCGGGCCGGCUCCUGCUCCUCGUCCUGUGUUGCGCGAUCUUCUCUGCCGCCUCUGUCCUCCUGUGCUGCUGGGCCUGCCUGCCCCUCUGCCGGGCCGCCUGCCUGGACCGCCGCCUCCCUCCAGGAUCCAGGCCCACCGUGCCGGGCCCCCUGCACUUCAGUGGGUACAGCAGCGUGCCUGAUGGGAAGCCGCUGGUCCGUGAGCUGUGCCGCAGCUGUGCCGUGGUGUCCAGCUCCGGCCAGAUGCUGGGCUCAGGGCUAGGCGCCGAGAUCGAUGGUGCUGAGUGCGUGCUCCGCAUGAACCAGGCACCCACCGUGGGCUUCGAGGCGGAUGUGGGCCAGCGCAGCACCCUGCGCGUGAUCUCACACACGAGCGUGCCGCUGCUGCUUCGCAACUACUCGCACUAUUUCCAGCAGGCCCGGGACACACUGUACGUGGUGUGGGGCCAGGGCAAGCACAUGGACCGGGCGCUGGGCGGUCGCACCUACCGCACGCUGCUGCAGCUCACCCGGAUGUACCCGGGCCUGCAGGUGUACACCUUCACCGAGCGCAUGAUGACCUACUGCGACCAGAUCUUCCAGGACGAGACGGGCAAGAACCGGAGGCAGUCGGGCUCCUUUCUCAGCACUGGCUGGUUCACCAUGAUCCUGGCCCUGGAGCUCUGUGAGGAGAUCGUGGUGUACGGGAUGGUCAGCGAGAGCUACUGCAGGGAGGAGAGCCACCCCUCGGUGCCUUACCACUACUUCGAGAAGGGCCGGCUGGACGAGUGUCAGAUGUACCUGGCGCAUGAGCGGGCGCCCCGCAGCGCCCACCGCUUCAUCACGGAAAAGGCCGUGUUCUCCCGCUGGGCCAAGAAGAGGCCCAUCGUGUUUGCCCACCCAUCCUGGAGGACCGCAUAGCCCCUGUCGCCUGGCUGGCCACCAUGCCUUCGCCAGGCCUUCAUUCUACCCCAGUGCCCCCCGUUCUACCAACACAUUUAAUUUAUGGAUCCUGCCACAGGCCAGCUGGGCCUUGGGUUCCUUCCUGCCCCACCCAGGAGACACGGUGCCAUUGGGAGCCUCGUGACCUGAGGGGGACUCGGGGUGGGGGUGCCUCUACUCCUCCUCCCUGUGUCAGGGUCAUCCCACUUCUGGGUCUGUUAAGUGGCCUUUUGUUCCCAGGGCCAAUGGCCCCACUCACCAGCAUUGUGACCUUGUGCCAGUCCUGCCCCUGCCGCCUCUGGUGCCACACUGCUCAGGCCUGUGCCCAGGCCGGAGCAGCCGGGAGCUGGGGCUCGUCCAGGGGCCUUAGAGCUGGGACAGCCCAGCUAUGUCGGGAGCGUACGGGUAAACGUGUUUUCUGGA